AUGUCCAGAAAGAGAAAGCAGGUUGUGCGCCCGGUCGUGCUGACGAUUGUCCUUGUGCUGACACUGCUGGCUGAUGAGACCGCCGCUAAGCGCUAUGAAGAACUUGGCCAGCGUCAUCAGGGAGACAUCGUGCUGACCGACAUCCAGUCCGAUGCGGCUACCGGUGGAGGAACACAAAUAGUGCAGGAUUCCUUUCGGUGGCUUAAAGGAAUCGUACCGUACGUGAUUUCGCCAGCGUUUACUCAACUCCAGGUGGAUAAGAUUACGGACGCGAUGAACCGAAUCUCUGGCUACAGCUGUGUUCGUUUUGUUCCGCGCACUAGCCAAGAUAGGCAGUUCCUGAACGUUACCGCUAGUCCGACUGGGUGUUGGGCUUCGCUCGGUAUGAACUUGCUGUCAAACCAACUCAAUUUACAACCGGAAGGAUGCCUGGAGACGGGCGUCAUCAUGCAUCAGCUGUUGCACGUGCUCGGCCUAACGCAUCCACAGUCCCGCCCGGAUCGUGAUUUUUACGUACUGGUGCAGGAGGAUGCGAUCGAUGCGGGAUUGAAGCAAAAUUUGGCAAAAUAUCAGCAGGGUGUGAUUGAGGAUUUUGGCAUACCGUACGAUUAUGAAAGCAUCCUCCACUGUCAGUCGGAUGCGUUCGGUUCGGCGACAUCGACACGUGCUACCGUUGUGCCACUGGCUGACGUUGAAAUUGGCCAGCGUAUCGAACUUAGCCUGAAGGAUGUGCGCAAGCUGAACAAGAUGUACGACUACGAGUACUGUGGAUUUUGCUAUCGUGGAAAUUGUAACGGGUUGCGAUCAGCCAACGUCUAACCGAACAAUUG